AUGUCAAGUGACUAGAUGCCCCUUUUGCCGACGACCGGCGCGUUUGAUGAACCUCCAGUAGGGGGACAGCGCGCUAGCACCAUCACAUUGCGCAAGGUAUUUGAACCAUCGAAAGUGCCCCCUCCCCCGGAUAUGGAGCGUACAUCUGUUAUAAACACAGGUGGCGUCUGGUCAAUGGACACUACACUGUCUAAGCCAGCGUUACAGCCAGUGCUCAGGAUGUGUGACAAAGUGGUAUUAAAGUCGUUAUUGAUGGUCGCGGCAGUGACCUGCGUGGUAGCGCGUCCCGAGCCGCCCUCGUCGUACGGCCCUCCGUCCACCUCAUACGGAACACCCUCGGACUCUUACGGCCCGCCAGCUCCUCAGUACGGCCCGCCGCAACAACCUAUUGUGCAUAAACACGUGUACGUGCAUGUUCCACCCCCUGACAAUGAAUUGCCAGCGCCUCGCAAACCUAUAUAUGUGCCGCCUCCACAAAAACACUACAAGAUAGUGUUCAUUAAGGCACCUACCCCACCCACUCCCACCGCACCCAUUAUUCCUGUUCAGCCUCAAAAUGAGGAGAAGACCCUCGUCUACGUAUUGGUUAAGAAGCCUGAAGAACAACCAGAGAUUGUGAUCCCGACUCCAGCGCCCACACAACCUUCCAAACCAGAAGUUUAUUUCAUCAGAUACAAAACCCAGAAACAAGAAGGAUACCCAGCAGCGGCCCCACCGGCGCCAGAAUACGGCCCACCCGCUUCAGCCCCGUCGUCUGAAUAUGGCGCCCCAUAAGUCUGCGAUUUUAUCGACCUCACCACCAAAAAAAACAGAACUGUGAAAUGCCACUCUCUCAGAUAAUUACCAAAAAUCAUUAGAUAAGUACAAAUUAUUUUUAAGUCUGUCCACGAAGCACAUAAUCAUUUCAUCUAGCCUUCUUCAGAGAUAUCUUUUUAUUUCAAUAACAGAGGGAAAAUGAUGUAUCGAAAAAGGCUAUUCUAAAAUUUUAAUUAAUAAAUAAUGUCGAAAUCGGUACUGCGAACGAAUGCGCAACUAUUUUAGUGCCAAUUUGUGAGUAGGUAGUGUCUUUAUGGAGAGUCAAAUUUUCUAAUAACUUAUUUGUUGACAUUCAAAUUCCUGUUAGUUUUUCGAUAAAACCCAUUGCAAUGUAAAGCAUUAUGAUGGAAAUGUAAAGCCAACGCGGUUGGUGAACGGGUUUGCUGCGGAACUAAAUAAAAUGAACACUUAUGAUUGUAUAUAUUCUUUGAUACGUAUUUUCAUAUCUGUAAGCCUAAC